UUCAAUUUCUGAUGGAAAUUAACUGGGUUAUUAAAUAACCGGGUUUAUAAAUUGGGUUAUGAUUACAUUUUAUUUUACACAGUAUAGCUCAACGAUUCGUCUCAAAGCUUCACACUUUCGUGAAAUCUGCAGACUUUGUGUAGUUCUCAAAUCUCGAUUCGUUGGAUUCAGUUGAAGAAAUAGGCAAUGGCGACUCCGUCGUCGUCUUUCUGGAACACAGCUUCACGAGAAGCCAUGAAAAGCGGCGUGUUACUCGCGAAACUCUACUGCUUUCUUCAUGUAACAACAAACUAUCUCGGAUUCAUGGCUUAUUCUUUUUGAGCAGGCUUAUGGUCCGAGCAUGACUCCGACGCUUCAUCCUUCGGGAAAUGUGUUAUUAGCGGAGAGAAUCUCGAAGCGGUAUCAGAAACCGAGUCGUGGAGAUAUAGUUGUGAUACGAUCUCCAGAAAACCCUAAUAAGACUCCAAUUAAAAGAGUUAUUGGUAUUGAAGGUGAUUGUAUAAGCUUUGUGAUUGAUUCAAGGAAGAGUGAUGAAUCUCAAACCAUUGUGGUUCCUAAAGGACAUGUCUUUGUUCAAGGUGACUAUACUCAUAACUCACGAGACUCAAGAAACUUUGGUACUGUACCUUACGGUCUUAUUCAAGGCAGAGUGCUUUGGAGGGUUUGGCCAUUUCAAGAUUUUGGACCGCUUGGACCAACCCCAACUUAGCAUACGAGUUAGCUUGGUCAUUAGGCCAAUGAGAUGACCGAGGCAGAUUGGUAGUAUGGUUAAUCGUUGUUGCCGAGUGAGUCUGGCUCAUGACUGACUAUGAGAUGCAGGAUCAUCAUACCAUUCACGAAGAUGGGAGAAUCUAAACGCUCAGGAAAAGUGAGUAUAUGGUUUAGACUUGAGAGCACGUAACAUUAUGUAUUUUUGGUCUGACGCUGUAUGUGAGAGUCGCCUCUGUAUCAAAAAGUUAAAACAAACAUCGAAUGUUUUGUGUGAAGCCAAGAUUAUUCAUGGGAAAAUCUUAUAACCAUUUAAAAAUACUACUUGAUCAAUAGCAUUUCCCCACAUUUUAAA